AUGGAUAUUGAAAAAAUUGAAGAUCUUAAAAAAUUUGUCGCAAGUUGUGAAGAAAACCCAUCAAUUCUGCUCAAACCAGAAUUAUCGUUUUUUAAGGAUUUUAUCGAAAGUUUUGGAGGAAAAAUAAAAAAAGAUAAAAUGGGUUAUGAGAAAAUGAAAAGCGAAGAUAGUACAGAAGAAAAAUCAGAUGAAGAGGAAGAAGAUGAAGAGGAAGAAGAAGAAGAAGAAGAAGAUGAUGAUCCUGAAAAAUUAGAAUUAAUUAAAGAAGAAGCUGUGGAAUGUCCACCAUUAGCUCCAAUUAUAGAAGGAGAAUUAUCAGAAGAACAAAUUGAAGAAAUUUGUAAAUUAAAAGAAGAAGCUGUAGAUUUAGUUGAAAAUAAAAAAUAUGAAGAAGCUUUAGAAAAAUACAAUAAAAUAAUUAGCUUUGGAAAUCCAUCUGCUAUGAUAUAUACUAAACGUGCUUCUAUUUUAUUAAAUUUAAAAAGGCCAAAAGCUUGUAUACGAGAUUGUACAGAAGCUUUAAAUUUAAAUGUUGAUAGUGCUAAUGCAUAUAAAAUAAGAGCUAAAGCUUAUAGAUAUUUAGGAAAAUGGGAAUUUGCUCAUGCUGAUAUGGAACAAGGACAAAAAAUCGACUAUGAUGAAAAUCUUUGGGAUAUGCAAAAGUUAAUACAAGAAAAAUAUAAAAAAAUAUAUGAAAAAAGACGAUAUAAAAUUAAUAAAGAAGAAGAAAAACAACGACUAAAAAGAGAGAAAGAAUUAAAAAAAAAAUUAGCAGCUAAAAAAAAAGCAGAAAAAAUGUAUAAAGAAAAUAAUAAAAGAGAAAACUAUGAUUCAGAUUCAUCUGACUCAUCUUAUAGUGAACCUGAUUUUUCUGGUGAUUUCCCAGGGGGUAUGCCAGGAGGCAUGCCCGGAAUGCCUGGCGGAAUGGGAGGUAUGGGAGGAAUGCCAGGAAUGCCGGGUGGUUUUCCAGGAAUGCCAGGUGGAAUGCCAGGUGGAAUGCCAGGUGGAAUGGGAGGUAUGCCAGGAAUGCCGGGUGGAAUGCCAGGUGGAAUGGGAGGUAUGCCAGGAAUGCCGGGUGGAAUGCCAGAUUUGAAUUCUCCUGAAAUGAAAGAACUUUUUAACAAUCCUCAAUUUUUUCAAAUGAUGCAAAACAUGAUGAGCAAUCCAGAUUUAAUAAAUAAAUACGCUAGCGACCCAAAAUAUAAAAAUAUUUUUGAAAAUUUAAAAAAUUCCGAUUUAGGAGGUAUGAUGGGUGGAAAACCUAAACCUUAA